UCGCUUAGUUUUUGUGUUUUCUUUUACGGGCUGCGGGAAAUAUUAAAUUCUUUAACAAAAAAUUAAAAAUUAUAACAGAAAAUACCAAAAAUUAACAUGAAUAAUCUUUGUAAAUUAAUACCCUACACUUGGCGUCAAAUAAUACCAAAACAACAAAGUAUAAUCAAACGUUUUUAUGCCUCACCACCCAAACGUUUCUAUAAGAAAACCUCUGUGCUUUUCAAUGAUGGUAAAUAUGAAGUGACCUUAGAUCAUCGUAAAUUGAAAACACCCAAAGGAGCACCGUUUACCUUGAAAAGUGAACCCUUAGCCAUAGCCGUGGCCACUGAAUUUGAAAACCAAAAGGAACAUAUAGAACGCUCUAAAAUGCAUUUGUCCGCCUUGUGCUUUACCGCCAUCGAUAAUCCCAAUAAUCAUUCAAAAAUCGAUAUGGUUAAUUAUUUGUUAAAUUACAUACCAACCGAUACGGUGUUAUAUCAAUAUGAUGAUGAAAAGGAUUUGCAUGAUUUACAGCGUAAUGAAUGGGAUCCUUUGAUAAAGUGGUUUAAUGAACGCUAUGGCACUAAUUUACAAAAGACCAUGGAUAUAACACCUCCCGAGAUAUCAAGUGAAGAUAAAAUGAAAAUUUCCAAAUAUUUACUCUCACACUCCGAUGAUGUUUUGUAUGGUUUUGUUUUUGCUGUUGAUACUUUAAAAUCUAUUAUAUUGUCCUUUGCUGCCAUUGAUCAGCGCAUUUCAGUGGAAAAGGCUGUCACUUUGGCCCGUCUGGAGGAGGAAUAUCAAUUGAAAUUUUGGGGUCGUGUAGAAUGGGCUCAUGAUUUGGCCCAACAAGAGUUGCAGGCACGUUUGGCCGCCUCUGUUUUAUUUGUGCAUCUUAAUCGUUCGGAAUAUUUUGUUAAAGAAAAGACUUUAAUCUAAAAAAAAAAACAUAAUAUUUAAAUUCCUAAACAUAUAAACGCUGACAGCAGUUGAUUUAUUUGUUAUAAAUUGAUAAUUUUAAAGUUAUGUAUAGUUAAUCUACAAAUUAAAAAACUUGUAAAAUCAAAGGUAAGCAAUACUUUUUU